AUGUUAUGUGCGAGGAAGAACUUUGAUAGAUCUCAGCCAGAGGACGAUCGGCAUUUACUAUCGGUCUUCCAGAGGUGUUGGGAACAGGGUACAUUGUUGGAUAUAGUUGACAAGUACAUUGAAGAUAUGCAGGAACAUGGCGCAGAAGUUGUGGACAUGAUGAAACUGGCUUCAUGGUGUCUACAGCUAGAUUCUACGAAAAGGCCUUCAAUGUCAUCGGUGGUUAGGGUGUUGGAGGGAGCAAUAACAGUUGAAUCGAACUUGGAUUACAACUUCUUACAUCCAAGGCCGCAGGAUACAACCCCUGAGUAUGAACAAAGCUCGAGACCCUGUGAUUCUGUUCUAUCAGGGCCAAGACCACAAUCAUACAGCUUGGAACAAGUCUCUAUUUAUACUAUGCGAUUCCACAUUGUGCAAUUGGAAAUUUUAAACCAUAACGUGUAUCUACAAGCGGUGUGUACUCUUCUUUAUUUUAAGCUUUCGAGUUGUCAUGUUUUAAGAAUAAAUAUACUCUGA